GUUUAAGCACAAAUUAUGUAAGUUAUCGGCGUUUUGCCCGUAUCCGCUGUACUCCCGUUGGCAUCUAGACGCGCAAGACCGCAAGCCCUACGGGCUUCUAUCUGAUUUUGAGACGAAAUAUGACUUGUUGUUAGUUGUCUUACGCAUUCUUACUAAUCGCUGCAAUGCCCUCGAUAGCAAUGACGGGAGCUGUCGACCAACAUCCGCUCGUUGCGAGCCAGUUACCCGCUUGGUAUCCGCGGCUUGAGCGUCACUCCUUCAAAAGCAUUGUUAUACCUUUGCCUCCUGGUUUCCUGGAGUACUUGCAAGAGGACGGCAUCUUCUUGGCGGAUGACUCGGCGGCGGUUCCCGCACUAGACCGCAUCGACGCGGCUCUGCUGGUGGAGGGCGACUACCGGCGGGACGACUGGGAGGACGAGUCGGCCCCCGCUGCACCCCCGCCACCCCGCCCUGACCCCCAGCCCAGCCCCAGCGGACCCCUGCACUCCGGCCACCUCAGCCACCCCUCCUCCACCACCACCUCCGCCUCCGCAGAACAGCAACAGCCGCGGCGUGUCAGCAGCACCAGCACCAGCAGCACCGAGGCAACCCCCACCGCUGCUAACGCCGACUGGUCGGCCCGCUUCCCCGCUCUUCGCACCGCCAUCGACACCGCCAUCUGCCAGCUGGGCGGCCGGGUGGUGCCCAAACUCAACUGGUCGGCC